AUGGUUCAAUAUGCAAAUCAAGUAGAGAAGAGGGUAGAUUCAUUUAUAUCUUACAAUGAUUUAGAGCUUCCUAGUUUCCAAACUCAGGUUAAUCUAUAUGUGGCACCUCUAGGAUCGUAUGAUGUAAUAUUAGGUAUCAAUUGGUUAACUAAGCAAAAAUCUAUAGUAAACUAUGAGGAUAAGUUUGUUAGUUGUAAAGAUGAUUUUGGAAAUUCGAUUGAGAUUCUUAGGUCUCAAAGGCCUUUUGAAUUGAGACACAUCUCAACUAUGCAACUCAAUAAAUCCCAAAGGAAGGGAUGCUCCAUCUUUGUUGCCAUUGUAAGUGACUUGGAUAAUGCCAAGAAGAGCCCUAAGGAUUAUCCAGUUCUUAGAGAGUUUUGGGAUGUUUUCCCAAGAGACCUUACUAAGUUAUCAUCAAAAAGGGAAUUUGUUUUCUCUAUAGAACUCAUACCUGGAAUUGAGCCACAAUCCAGGGCUCCAUAUAGAAUGACUACCACAGAAUUGUAUGAGCUUAAGGCUCAAUUACAGGAGUUUCUUAGGAAAGGUUUCAUAAGACCUAGUGUGUCCUUGUGGGGUGCACCAGUAAUCUUUGUGACAAAGAAAGAUGGUUACCACCAGUUGAGGAUUAAGGACAAGGAUAUUCCUAAGACAACAUUUCAAACUCCAGAUGGACACUAUGAGUUCACGGAAAAGGUGCACUACUUAGGUCAUGUUAUAUCUGUUGAAGUAAUUUCAAUUGAUCCUCCAAAGGUAAAGGCAAUUAUAGAUUGGCCAACACCUCAGAGUGUCAUAGAGGUCAGAAGUUUUAUGGGUCUUGCAGGAUACUACAAGAAGCAUGUGGAAGGUUUUUCUAGAAUAGCAACACCUAUUGCUUCUCUUCAGAAGAAGGGAAAGAAAUCUGAGUGGACUGAGAAGCAUGAAGAGUCAUUUCAACUCUUGAAGCAUAAAUUGACAAUAGCACCAGUCUUGACUAUACCAGAUCCUAAUAGACACUUCACAGUGAUUAUAGAUACCUCAGGUGAAGGUAUAGGAGCAUUGUUAAUGCAGAAAGGAAAGGUGGUUGCUUUUGAGUCUAGGAAAAUAAAGCAAUAUUAA